GCCAGCCAAGAAAAGUGUUGGGGCAUAAAGUUUAAACCACCAGCAGCAGAGUGAAGCAGCAGUCCUGAAAGCUCAUGGGCAUGCAGGAUGCAGGGGCAUCUAAUGCUCUCUACAGAAGUUGACUCAAGUUCCAACAUACAUUCAGGAACUCAACUCCACCACAUGGAACCUGUGAAUUUUACACAAAUUUCAGAGUUUGUUCUUCUGGGAUUUUCAGAGAAACCAGAACUGCAGCCCCUCAUAUUUGGACUUUUCCUCUCCAUGUACAUGAUCACUGUAUUUGGAAACCUGCUCAUCAUCCUGGCCGUCAGUUCCGACUCCCACCUCCACACACCCAUGUACUUCUUCCUCUCCAACCUGUCCUUGGUAGACAUCUGUUUCACAUCCACCACCGUCCCAAAGAUGCUGGUGAACAUCCAGACACAGAGCAAAGCCAUCACCUAUGCAGGAUGCAUCACCCAGAUGUAUUUUUAUAUACAUUUUGUUGGGUUGGAUAUUUUCCUUUUGACUGUGAUGGCCUAUGACCGGUUUGUGGCCAUCUGCCACCCCCUGCACUACACUGUCAUCAUGAACUCUCGGCUCUGUGGACUGCUGGUACUGAUAUGCUGGAUCAUGACUGUCCUGAAUUCCUUGCUACAAUGCUUAAUGACAUUACGACUGUCCUUCUGCAUGGACGUGGAAAUCCCUCACUUCUUCUGUGAACUCAAUCAGAUGAUCAAACUUGCCUGUUCUGACACAUUUCUAAAUAACAUGGUGACUUAUUUUUCAGCUCUUCUGCUUGGUGGUGGUCCUUUCGCUGGGAUUCUUUACUCAUAUUCUAAAAUAGUGUCCUGCAUACAUGGAAUGUCAUCUGCUCAAGGGAAGUAUAAAGCAUUUUCUGCUUGUGCGUCUCACCUCUCAGUUGUCUUCUUAUUUUAUUGUACAAUCCUAGGAGUGUACCUCAGCUCUGCUGCUACCCACAAUGGACACUCAAGUGCAACAGCCUCGGUGAUAUAUUCUGUGGUCACACCCAUGUUGAACCCCUUCAUCUAUAGUCUCAGGAACAAGGACAUUAAACAGGCUCUGAAAGCAUUCUUUGUGAAGGAAACUACAAACUGGCAGUUGUCCUAAUACUGAAGGUGUGCCCAUGAUGGCAGAAGUCAAAGGCUCAGAGUCAGAUACUGUGAUUACUUUCCUACGAUGAAAGUAGAACUUGCUUUUUCCAUUGAUUUCUUGGAAUUUCUAUUUCUCUGACCUCAUCUUCUCUAUUCAGUUUAUGUAACUCAAUUAAGUUUUCUGCUCUCUCAGAUAUCCAACAACUUAUCUCUUUGCUGUUUUCCUACUUUCCAAAAUUUAUUUCCUUAUGGAUCAGAUAUUUGGAAAAUCCCAUUUACCUAAUGGACAACAUGGAUUUUUUUUAGAAUAAUUUUUCUCAAAUGACAUACAUUAUAUUGCAUCAAAUAAUUUUUGUAACUAAAAGAAUCAUCCUGAAUGAUUUUCCUAUGGGGAAAAAAACUACAAUUAAUGAACCCCACUGGUGUUGCUCGGUGCUUGAGCCUCAACCCAUAAAUAUGCAUGUAUGCAGUACCUAUGGACACAUACAAUAGGGUGUCAAG